GACAUUGCUUAUUGUUUCCACGCUCUUGGCGGUCUUGAUAACAAUUACCCGGCACCACAGUGAAAACAGCUUGACUUCAUGGAGACCGCAGGAGUAUGUGAGAUUGAUGUGGCAACCAGGAAAAUAGUUGGGGGCAAUGAUUCACCAAGUGUCGACAGCCCUUUUCAGGAGGAGGCUGCAGAGUUUGGCUUACAAUUGAGCUGCACCGAGGAAGAGAGAGGAGAGACGCCAGGCCGAGAGGACAGUCCCAGUGACCUAGGAGAGGCGGAGCUUGACCCCGGAGGAGAGGCCAAGUCUGCAGACGACAAUACCUUUGGUGAGGAGGUUGUGCUACUCAUGCAGGCCCUGAACUCCCUAGCCACACCCGAAGAAAAACUGGCUGCUUUGUGCAAGAAAUAUGCAGACUUGUUGGAAGAAAGUCGUUGUAUGCAAAAGCGUCUGAAGACCCUGCAGAAGAAGCAGUCUCAAAUCGUAAAAGAGAAGAUCCACCUGCAGGGCGAGCACAGCAAAGCUAUCCUGGCCCGCAGCAAAUUGGAGAGCCUCUGUAGGGAGCUACAGAGACACAACAAGACUUUGAAGGAGGAGAAUGGCCAGCGGUCCAGGGAGUAUGAGGAGCAACGUAAGGAAGCCAUGCUGCACUUCCAGAUGACCUUAAGUGAUAUUGAGGUGCAGAUGGAGCAACACAGCUCUCACAACACCAAGCUGAGGCAGGAGAACAUGGAGCUUGCUGAAAAGCUCAAAAAGCUUAUUGAGCAGUAUGAGCUGAGAGAGGAGCACAUAGACAAAGUGUUCAAGCACAAAGAGCUCCAGCAACAGUUGAUGGACGCCAAAUUGCAGAGAAUCACUGAAAUUAUGAAGGAAGUGGAGGAGAAACAGCAGAGAGAGAGAGACUUUUUGCUGAAAAAUGCCACGGAAUCGAGGCACAAGUGUGAGUUGAUGAAGGAGCAAGAAGUUCAGCUCAAGCAGCAGCUUUCCCUCUACAUGGACAAAUUUGAAGAGUUUCAGAGCACUCUGGCUAAAAGCAAUGAGGUCUUCACCACUUUCAGACAAGAGAUGGAGAAAAUGACCAAGAAGAUCAAGAAGCUGGAGAAGGAAACCACACAGUGGAGGACAAAAUGGGAGAACAACAACCAGGCUUUGCUGCAGAUGGCAGAGGAGAAAACUCUGAGUGACGGCCACUUCAAGGCUCUGCAUGGCAAGCUGGAGCUUCUGGAGAGACUCUGCAGAGCCCUGCAGAAGGAGAGAAACGACCUCAACAACCGGCUGAGCCUCCUGCAGGCACAAGGAAACGAAGGGGGCCUGGUUCCUUCCGAGGCCCUGCCACCAGUGCUUUUAGCUGGGGAGUAUGACGAGGAAGAGGAUGAAAAAGAGAAUAAGAAGCUGUCACAGGGCAAGGGCAUCCAUGAAGCUCCUAGACCACCUGAAGUUGAGCCCACAAUGUCCCCUGAAAGCACCACCACCGCUUCGACAACAUCCAGCCAGCCAGCAGAAGCAGACACACUGCAGGACUGACUGUGUUAGGUGUGUGUGUGUGUGUGUGUGUGUGUUAGAUGCCACUUAUGGAGAUGAGAUUUUUUCCCCUAAAUUCUAGAUUUGCCUCUGCUGGUUUUCUACAUGAGAAAUUAAGCUCUUAUGUGAUAUUAGAUGGUAAACAUUGUCCAUGUUUGUACUGCUUUUAAUAACUGCAGUUGUUGAGCACUUUGUACUCCUUUUCUACCAUAACUGUAUUUUCAUAGGAAAUGUUGGCAUAGUUGAUUGGAAUUUAAACGCUCCUCUUUCAAUUCUGCAACCCUGCAUCAUUUUCACCAAAUGUAGAAGUGGAGAGAACAUGCUGUUUGUCCUUACUGCAGUAGAUUGAAUAACAUUUUCAUACCAUGAUGGUAAUGUUUAGUUUGCCAUGAAGAUGACGUGGAAGUACAUCACAAACUCGACAGGGCCAUGCUACCAAACAUGUUUUUUUUAGCAAGUGGCCCAUUUUGAUUAAAAUGUUUAUUUACAGCAUAAGUAACAAUUUGCACGUGGAAUCAGGGGUGCUAAUGAUAAACAUUUAACCAUCUCUCAAGUUAAUACAAGGAAGCUCUGAAUGAUUUUGACUUCAUUUUGUUGCUCAUGAUUAUAGUCGAAAUAAAAGGCAGAUUGAAAAGGUGCAUUUUUAUUUGUCUAAACAAUUUGGCCUUUUUUUUUUGCAAUUUUUACUGUUAGCGUAGCGUAGGUCUGGCUUUUCUUUUGGUUUGUGUAAAUACAGUGAAAAGAUGGUCAGUGGUUUCAAUCAAGUCACAGAAAAUACAGUUGUUAUGGUCAAUAUUAAAUCUUACUCUGAGCAUUGCACUAGAUGGAUAAAUCUCAUUUAAGGUCUUAAAAUGUACUUUCACUUUUGGACUUACAGGGAAUGUUAGAUAUUGGGUCCUCCAAUUUUUUACCUCUUAUGUCAGAACUACUGCAUAAUGGAGUUUCUAUUUGAAUGUAUUGGACAUAGAGUCUUAUUCAAAUGACUACAUAGGAUUUUGUUUGGUAUCUCUUUGUUAAAGUCUUGUUCGUUGAUGUAGAGUACUGGUGCAUUAGGAGGAGGCAGACUCUCCAAAUCAAUGUUUUGUCCAAGUUGUUUGACUGGUGUAGGAAUUGCUUUGAAUACUUGAUUAAAAUCGGAUUUUCUGCAAUUAAUACAAUGGACUGAACAGAGGUGCCCUGGUUAUCCAUAGAAUGAGAUAUUGACCAGAUACCUUUAUCCAUCCAGUGUUGCAAAAAGGGAUUUUCCAUUCCACAGAACAUAUCUAUUAUUCCAGAUCGGUGUUUGGUGUGGCGUAAAAUUAUGAUUAUACAUAAGUUUCCAGCAUAACAGAACCUACUUGUGAAAGGACAACUUCAUGGGUAGUUUUUCUAUGUUAUAGUCACAUUUAAGGACAAACUCUAUACCUCCAAUUUUUUCAAAUAAACCUCUGGUGAGACAAAACUAAAUACUAUUUCUAUCUAGCACAAAAGAUUUUAACCAUUUUAAGACAGCAUUUAGA